GCAAAGAAGAAGCCUCUUACUACCAAAUCUUUGGCCGAUUUUGGCUUGGAGCUGAAGCAGCACCAGAAGAUUAUCUCUGCGGAGGAACCACCAGUUCGAAAAGGCGGCAUCAAAGUUGACUCUGUAGAGAGUCUGAUGUCAAAGUUAAAAGAGAGUGGUCUCAUCCCUUAA